AUGGGAUCCAUCGAGCUCCUGUGGCUGCUGCCGCCGCUGCUUUCGGCGGCAGCCUCGGGCUCCGGGACCGGGACUGGCCAGCGCGCGGGCUCGCGGGUCGUGGGGCCGCCGCUGCAGCACCGGGAGCCUCUCAGCUAUUCACGCCUGCAGAGGAAGAGUCUGGCCGUGGACUUCGUGGUGCCCUCGCUCUUCCGUGUCUACGCCCGGGACCUGCUGCUGCCGCCGUCCCCCUCGGAGCCGAGGGCUGGCAGUCCGGAGGCGAGCGGCUCGCUGGCUCUCGACUGCGCCCCGCUGCUCGAGCUACUCGGGCCGCCGCCCGGGGUCUCCUGGACAGCAGGCGCCAGCUCGCCGGCCCCAGCCGCGGCCCGGACGCUGUCCAGGGUGCUGAAGGGCGGCUCGGUUCGCAAGCUUCGGCGCGCCAAACAGCUGGUCCUGGAGCUGGGCGAGGAGGCGAUCUUUGAGGGCUGUGUCGGGCCCCCCGAGGAGGCGGCUGCGGAACUGCUCCAGUUCAACCUCAGCGAGCUGUUCAGCUGGUGGGUUCUCCACGGCGAGGGGCGGCUGAGGAUCCGCCUGAUGCCCGAGAAGAAGGCGUCGGAAGUGGGCAGAGAGGGAAGGCUGUCCGCGGCCAUCCGCGCCUCCCAGCCCCGCCUUCUCUUCCAGAUCUUCCAGACCGGUCACAGCUCCUUGGAGCCAUCAGCAAACCUGCCUCCUCCUCCUGAUUAUGUUGCAUGGAAUCUCACCUGGAUAAUGAAAGAUUCCUUCCCUUUCCUGUCUCAUCGCAGCCGAUAUGGUCUAGAGUGCAGCUUUGACUUCCCCUGUGAGCUGGAAUAUUCCCCUCCGCUGCACAACCUUGGGAACCAGAGCUGGUCCUGGCGCCGUGUCCCCUCUGAGGAGGCCUCCCAGAUGGACCUGUUUGACGGACCUGAGGCAGAGCAUUCUAAGGAGAUGCCCAGAG